CUUCCCACACUAUAUCAAUCUCCCACACAGCUUAGCGAAUUCUUCGUAAUUUCUUCCUUUCAACCUAUCAUCGUUUUCAACGAGCAAUCAUCUCGCUUCUUCUGGAGAUUCUCAUCGUUGAAACCCUAAAAUUAUACCUAAAAAGGUUCCAUUUACUCUUAUCUUCACGAGAUUUUGCUUGGGUUAGGGUUUCCUUCUAAUCCUCAUAUAUAUGUAUUUCUAAUUUUAGAAUCAUAUUCUGGUCUCUGUAGUCUGAUUUUGUUUCUUAUUUUUUAUGGAGUUUAAUGUAUCUGAUGAGUUUUUGGGGACGGUGGCUCCGUUAGUGGUGUAUUGGGUGUAUUCUGGAUUUUAUGUGUUGUUUGGAUCGCUAGACAAAUAUCGGUUGCAUACAAAAGAAGAUGAAGAUGAUAAGAAUUUGGUUUCAAAGAGAACUGUCGUCAAAGGUGUUCUUCUCCAACAGGCUAUUCAAGCUAUCGUCGCCAUCAUCCUUUUCACGGUUACAGGAAGUGAUGCAGGUGCUGCCAGCACUGAGAAGCAUUCUCUCUUCGAUCUUGGUAGACAAUUCUUUACUGCUAUGGUGGUGAUAGAUACUUGGCAGUACUUUAUGCAUCGGUACAUGCAUCAAAACAAGUUCCUGUACCGGCAUAUCCAUUCUCAACAUCACCGACUCAUUGUCCCAUAUGCUUUUGGAGCUCUUUACAACCAUCCAUUGGAGGGGCUUCUCUUGGACACAAUUGGUGGAGCACUGGCUUUUCUCUUAUCAGGCAUGUCCCCUCGAGCUUCUAUAUUCUUUUUCUCCUUUGCUACCAUCAAAACAGUUGAUGACCAUUGUGGAUUGUGGCUUCCUGGGAAUCUUUUCCAUGUCUUUUUCCGGAACAACUCUGCCUAUCAUGAUAUACACCAUCAGCUUUAUGGUGCCAAGUACAACUAUUCCCAGCCCUUCUUUGUUGUAUGGGAUAAAAUCCUUGGGACUUAUAUGCCCUAUUCACUGGAAAAGAGAGAGAGUGGCGGUUUUGAAGUAAGGCCGGUAAAAGUUGUCAAGGAUGAUUGAUUAAAUUCACCUAUUUGCUAGUUUUAGAGUACAUGUACCAUUAUGUUUGCAUUCUUUCUUUUAAUGUUGCAGUAUAUUUUUUUUAUCAUCAUAAAUAUUCAAUAUAUAGUGUUUACAAAUAAAUUUUUUCUUCAUUCAUGGCCAUGUAAAUUUAAUUAAAAAACCAUUUUUUGUACUAUGUUGGCAUUAUAAUUUUUGAAUUCAUAUGUUUCUAC